AACGUCUCCCAUCAGGCUGGUGUCCACAUUGUCCAGUACAUGUACGGCUGUGAGUGGGAUGAUGAGACUGAAGAGGUUACUGGUUAUCAACAGCAUGGUUAUGAUGGGGUAGACUGGCUAAUAUGGGACAUGAAGGAAAACAGAUGGAUCGCUCCAAAACAACAGGCUGAACUUUCUAAAAACAAAUGGAACAAUGACAGAGUUGGGCUUGCUGUGCAACAGUACUACUUCAACCAGAUUUGUGCUGAGUGGCUGAAGAAGUAUGUCAACUUUGGGAGGAGCUCUCUGAUGAGAACAGAUCUUCCAUCAGUCUCCUUCCUCCAGAAGUCUUCCUCGUCUCCAGUCAGCUGCCAUGCUACAGGUUUCUACCCCAACAGAGCAGAGAUGUUCUGGAGGAAAGAUGGAGAGGAGGUUCAUGAUGGUGUGGUCAAAGGAGAGAUCCUCCCUAACAAUGAUGGGACCUUCCAGAUGAACGUUGACAUCUAUCUGUCAUCUGUUGCACCUGAAGACUGGAACAAGUAUGAAUGUGUGUUUCAGCUCUCUGGAGUCAAAGAAGAUAUCGUCCAUCGACUGGAGAAAACAGGAAUCAGGAGCAAUGAACCAAAUAUGAUGAUGAUGAUCAUCAUCAUCCCUGUUGUUGUUGCUCUGGUUGUCCUUGGUCUCAUUGGUGUGGUUGGAUUCAUUCUUUACAAGAAGAAGAAUGAUGCUGACAAUAAAAAUGAGGAGAAGAGGACUUAUGAAAGGCAGCAUUAUAUUCAAGACACCAAGACUCCAAAACCUCGCUCAGAGGAUCAUCAAGGCAGUUGGUCAUCUUUAACUAGUGACAAUUCAGACCAUAGCCAACGCAGUGCCUCGUCAGAGAAACCAUUGCUGCAGGUAAGGUCCUAUUCUUAUAACUUGUUUUCCGUCAGUGGCUUAUAGGCAUGACUUAAACAUUGUAGGUACAUAGAAAAAUUAUAUAAAUAUUAUUUCUGCCUUUUUAAAUGUGUCAACAGUAAUGCGACAACUAACUGAGGACUCUGAACACCAAGAUCUGAAGGCAUCAAAACCAAUCUCUCAUCCUGAAUCUGCAUCUAAAUUAAGCAUCGGAGGAACAUCUUCAUUGAAGAGUUUCAUAUUGUUUGGUUUUUCUUUUCAAAUGUUAUUUCUGUCAGUGAGAGGUUUGGAAAAUGGCCCAAUUUACACUGCUUUUUAAUUUUAUUUAGUUGAAUCCAACUAAAGUUCAAUAUUAAAGAAAAUGUUUUGUCCUAUAAUAGCAGGAAAGACUAGAUCCUGUUUUUCUGCUGAGACAGCAGAUAUUUACCAUGAAAGGUUUGAGGUUUAAAACCUGGAUGAUUUAAGACUUUCAGUUGCAACAUUUGUUGUUAGCAAAUGGUUCUCCAUAUAAGAAAUAUCCAUAAAGUUAUUCAUUUUAAAUUAGUUUUCAAAUAAUUUACCUUUUGAGGUUACUUUUUGAGGUUUUCUUAAAAUAUAAUUUAGCUGGUAUUGAAUGUAAAUAAUGCAUUGGUUUUGGUGAGGUGUUACUUUUCUUUUUGGCUGUUACAUUGUAUCAUUUUAUUUUUUACUAUAUAGCCUAAUAUAAAAAUCAGAAGCCACUCGUUAAAAUCCAAUUUAUUGUUGGUUUUUGUAGUUAUUGAGCUUGUAGUUAAGCAUUUUUCCCCAUUCUGCUCCAGAGUAGCACAACUAUACAAUAUUAUCUUGAUGAUAAUAUUAUGGUAAUAUUGUCAGUGUUUCUGCUUGCUAGCUUACCAAGGAAAAAGUAACAGCUGUUUGUCCACAGUGACCAGAACUAUGUCUUUACCUUUUUAAUCUCUUUGUUCAUUGUCUCUAUCAAGCGUGUCCAACUCCAGUCUACCAGAGUUACUUUCCUGCAGCUUUUACAUGCCUCCAUUAUCCAACACACCUGAUACAGGUGAAUGUCUGGUUAGCGGUCCUCUGCAGAGCUGAAGGACUGGAUGCUGAUGAGGGAACUCAGCCACUUGAUUCAGGUGGAAAAGCUGCAGGACAGAAUCUCUGGAGGACUGGACGUGGAGACUGCUGGGCUCUACCCACCCUCACGGUUAAGGAUAAUUUAGAGGAACUAAUUAGCAUAACUUGCACAUUUUUAAUUAAAAUAUAUUUUAACGGAUUGGUUUGAAAAGAAUGUGGGUGUGAUUAUAUAUUUGUUGGUGUAUGCAGUGAACACUGGAGAUGGGCACCAGCAACCCCAUAAGGGAUUGAGCGGGUCAGAAAAAGGAUGGAUGGUGUAUGUGGGUGUUAAUAUUUCAUUAAUAACAUUAGUAUAUUUUUUAUCUUGGAUGUAAAAAAUAAAAGUUGUAUCAAAGGUC